GAUGUUUGCAAUUCACUCACCAUAGAUAUUGUUAUGCUCGAUCAAGCCGCGGCCUUCGCCCAAGAUGAAGACGCCACCCUGAUGGCCGUUGUAGAUCUCGUUGCGGUGGGGUUGCUGUGGGAAUGGAUGCGGUUGUCGAUGAACUGGCCGAGCCCGUACAAGCCACCCGUCUGUCCGUGGUGGAUCUCGCAGUGCACCACUGUCACUGUCGGGUUGGCGCCCGAACCCCGCUAUCCCAUUGUUGUGGAUGUCGUUCGCCUCCAACAAACCCUGCAAACAACAAAUUACCACAUUAACCACACGUCACGUUUAUCUAUAUACUAUAUAUGCAGGACGGAAUUUAGGGUUUUAGUAUAUUCAUAUAUGUUGUACAGUACGCAUCCCAUAGCUUUGAAACGGCAUAUAGGCAAGGAAAUAAUUACGGCGUUGCAAAAACAUCAGGCUUUAGAGACCCUAGAUCCCUAGAUGGAGGAAGCUCCC